AUGGUGGACAGUUCAAGUUACCACUCAUGUAACAUCAAUACUAGUAUUGCAAGCAACAAGAAACUGUUGAACUGUGACCAACCGUCAAAACUUCAUUGGACAAAACUAUUGUUUUUACCACUUACUCCCUCUGGGGAUGCUGGUUAUAAUCCAGGAGAGACAUACUAUUACAUCUGUGAGUACCUGAACUUACAUAAUUACAUGUAUGGGUUUUUCACAUGGAAGGAGGAGGAUCCUAGAAGGCAAACAACCUUUCGUUGGGUUUACAUGCAAAAAUUUUGGUCUGUGUGAUGCCUUAAUUAAAGUAGAAAAAGAUCUAGAAUGAAUUAAAAAUGGUGGGUGAUAAAAACAAAAAUGUAGUUUGGGUUCUUUUGCUCUCUUUGCUGGCCUUAAUAACUACCUUUCAGCAUAAUUAUUACAAUUUUCAGCUCAUGGUAUCGCUAAACAAAAUUGUCAACCUUUAUUGCCAUGAUUAGCCACUGAUUGAAAAACUGCCAUUUUUGUCUGGUUUGUCCCUUGUAGUACCAGCUAAGGAUCUUCCUAGUGCAGGGCUCAAAGUUAUCUUUUUAGUGCACUUGCAAAGUUUUGCUAGUAAGAUUUUUUUCCGCUAGCAAACUGGUGAGACCACAAGCAAAUUAUUUCCCUUUGUUUGGGAGACAUGGAUAAUUCUAACUCGCAAUCGUUUGCUAGUGGAUAUUUUUCUUACUCGCAGAUUAUCAAAAUCACUCGCAUUUUGCGAGUUUGCGAGUUAAUUUUGAGCCCUGCUAGUGAAGGCAGUUUAGCUGGUGCUAGGGAUCGUAGUGCUAGGGACAGAGACAACACUUUGUAUGCAAACCAAACACUGAAAACAUAUGGUGCUACAAGGCUGUAAGAUGAUCUGUCUCCCAGGAUCUUCCUCCCUCCAUUUAAAGAGUCCCUAAUAAACUUGCACCAAUUUGACCUCUGUUAUCAGUAAAUGCAGUUAUAUGCUAUUAAAUGGAGUCAACAGAAAGGAGCAUGUCUUCCGUUGUAGUCAAUGGCACUUCAGGGGUGCUAGGAUUUCAUUGUGCUCAUGUGUUACAGCUACUGUGUUUGGCAUGAGUAUGAUCAAACAUGAGUGUUUCUUUAGCAAUGGCAUUGUCUUGGGUGUGUUGUUCUUUUAAUGUGUAGUUCCAGAAAAUAUCCAUACUCCCCCCACAGAAGGGAUUGGAAAUUCCUGGGGGGUGGGGGGUUCUCAAAGCCUCAAAGAUUUAAGUAAAUGUAUGAAGCUUGACUGGAAUUUCCAGAGAGGUGGGGGGUUUAAGGAAAAAUCUCUUCCGUGGAGGAGGUAUGGAUAAUUUUUGGAACCACACAAUGAGUUUUUCUCUUGCAUUCGUCUUCAAACAUUAGUUUUUGAGAACUUUUUUCUUUCAUUCUUCCAUUUCAAUAUUAUAACUGUAACAGUGUAUCCUCCAUGUUGGAUAUGGUGUCUUCCUUGGCACCUUUAUCUCCAGCUGUAAGUAUACUUCAUCGACUUCCAUAACCCAGUCAAGGAGUGGAUAGGUUAAUUAAUAUUGAUUUAGGAAUAUUUUCUACCAGUUGUAUAUUUUUAAAUAUUAAUAUUUCCUGGCUUUAGCUACUUCUGAUGGUGGUAAGAGUUCACUGGAUCAGACAAGUGGAGGACAUUGUAAGACCAAUAACAUGAAAUUAGAAGUAUAUAUAUGCCGAGAUAAAGAAGGUAAUGUUUGCUUUUCUGACCAACUAUAAAUUGAACUGGAUUUAUUGAAGAAAUAAAUAAUACUCGACUAUGGAUAAAGUGGGACUUGAAAAACUUUAAGCAAGGAAAUCCUUUUUUUGUGUAGAAUUAAUCCCCUACUCAGUUCUUAUAUACAUGUAAUCUUCAAGCAAGCUCAACUUGUAAUUCUUUUUGAAAAGAGCAUUCUUGUUGUGAAUGAGAUUGGAGUCAUUAACAUCUUAGUCAUUAUUUUUAGAUAAACAUUGUCCUGAAGCCACGUCAAGACCACCAACCACCUCUGCAGCUGCAUCUCACUUGGUAACAGAUACAAUUUCGUCAUCCACAUUAUCACCAGUUGGAAGCAGUACAAAGGCUCCAGCUUCUACAGCUCCACCAACCACAGAACCAUCUACCUGGCUGGUGAACCAAAACAUCACUGACCCCCCUCCCAAGGAACCAGCAGAUGUAGGGGCAUUCAAAAGGGAUAAACCUACAUCAACAGGUGGUACGUAGUAUUUGAGAUUUUACUAACAACCUCAAUGUCUUAACACAUGUUAAGUUAGAACCUGUGAGUGAAUGGACCAGCCAAUUUGAUCACGAAAUAGGUUUUUCUUCGAGAGUUUUGACCAAAAUUCAUCACUGCCAUGCACACUAUACAAUGUACAUGUAGGAAUACACUAACCUGACUGUUGGCUCAUCCUCAGUGUAAAAACCUGUGAAACUCAUGAAUGACGUAAAACAAUGAAUACAAAGAAGCUACUGAGAAGUCAACAAAAUAGAGCCAACGACAAUAAUAGUUAGAAAACAAAGAAAAACUUCACAGGUUUUUGCUCUGAAGUGAACCCUGACUAUUUCUCACUUUUUAGUUCAGAUGAUCAUGUGCAAUUUUAUUGUAUGAUUUUCUGUAAGGCAAGAGCCGUAAUGUUUCAAACCCAAACCACAUGAGUAUAAACAGUUGGCAGUUUCAACAUGAUUCUUUGCAGCCAAAUUGCCACCGGUUCAGCAAUGCUUGGGAUAUAGUGCAACGUACAUGCAGCAAUUUUUGUAUACAUGUACAUCUAAUUAUGUAGGAAUUAAUUACCAAUAAUUCUUCAUUAUUUUAUCUCUUUACAACUACAUGUACCAUAAAUCCUCUGUGAAGCUCCUGGGGCAGGGGGGGCAGGGGGAGCAGGGGAGGGGUGGGGGAUUAUUAUUUUAUUUCAAACAUAUUUGAGGGGGGGGCCUUAAUAGAGAUGGGAGGCUUAUUCAAUUUAGCAAAGAAGAUGGUAUCAAUUCUCCGUAAAGAACUAGAAUGCAUAGUGGAAAAGCUCAAGUACAAGAAGUUGGAGGUCAUGCAAAUGGGGUUAAAAAACAAAUCUGAACUUCCAGCUGGUGAAUAAAAUAUCAUCCUGGAUCAGUCCACACAAAGUUAUACAGUCACAGUAGACUCCUGACAGUCGUGAUUGAUUAAUACAGUCUAUUUUUAUCAGUGAAUAAUAAUAUGGGGGAGGGGAAGCCUAAAAGAGAGGGGCCCGCUUCACACUCUAAGUCGGCCGUGAAGGGUCAAAUGCUUGGGCUUUGUCUGUAGUCCCUCAUUUUUCUCUCUCCCCGCUGCGUGUCGCCUUUUCUCGUCUCGUGUGGGGUGAUUUUCACGCACACUCAUGUUUCGCUCGCUCUACUAUCCCUGAGGAAAAAUGGGGGACUAUUCUGACUUUAUUGCCAACAUGCGUACAUGUAUGUGAUUAAUAUUUUUUUCAUAUAACUAAUCAUUAAUUACUUUCUUCUUGUAGUGUCUCUAUUGAUAGUACCUUUAGUAGUAUUAGGAGCAGUGCUUGCUGUCUCCGUGGGAGUGAACAUUUAUUUCUUUAAGUGAGUAUGAACAUUAUUGCAAAACCUCAAACCACCAUGAUAUUUUCACACAUGAAAAUCAUAACAUGGUUUCUUCUUCACAUGUGAAAAGACCUCCUUUGCUAUGGUCACUGCAUUAUAAUAAGUCGCACCUUUUGCAGCAAAAAAACACGUCAAAAAAAACACGUCAAAGAGAAAUGGUAUUUCAUUUGUGUUUAUACAAUGUAUAAUGAAUAGAACAUGACAUGGCUACUUGGAGAUAUGGAAUUUCUCUCUGUAAAGAGAAAUUUUGAAUCUUUCAGUCGAGUAGUGCAACUAUACUGGGAUUUCAAUAGAUAAUUAUGUCAUAUUAAUUGAACAAAAAGAAGGUCUUAUAUGACAGAAUUAUAGGGCUGCAAAUAACAGUCGGUCAUCGAACAUUGGAGGACCAAAUUUGCGAGUGUCUGACAAAAUCCCACCUGUGUUUGGACAUUAGCAUAUGUUCGGAGAAUUUUUUGUCGUAAAUCAUUUUAUGGUAAGGAUGAUCUCAAAUUCACGAAACAACAUUGAAUUGGGUAAUGAACUGAAUGAAGUUUCCUGACCUGUACAUUAGCAUGGUAUUGUCCUCUGUUUUACCCAAUAAAGUUAACCUUUUUUUGGUGAUGUCUGAACAAGAUGGUGUCGUAGAAGGACAAUUAAGGAGGCAGCAUGGUUGAGUGGUCAGUGUGUUGGACUUCGGGGUUCGAGUCCCGCUCUGGCCACUUGCUGGAUUUGUUCUUUGUGGUCCUGAGUUCAAAUCCUCGGCCAUGCUUGUAAAUAGCCAACUGGUUGCCUCCUGCCUUUUUACCGUAUUUACCCGUGUAUAAUGCGCACUUUUUUUACGACAUUUGAGGCUGAAAAAUUACGCUGCGCAUUAUACACGGAACCUUUUGUUUCCGAAGCGCUACUCAUUUGCAUAAACAAAAGAAACAAUAGCAGAUGGCUGUUUCCAGGACUGUUGUUAUGACAAGAAUAUAAACUACCUAUUGUAAAUAGGCCACUAGGAUCAUUGCUGUACUGUAACAAAGAUUGUAAGAAAAAAAGUCGAGCUUUUCUUCUGUAAACUUAAAGUUUACGGGUACUUGUAAUAAACUGUUAUACUGAAGAAUAUUUUGUUGUAUUUUGCGCUGAAAAUGUUUCGGUUUGUGGCUUUAAUGACAAUAGGAAUUACAAUUUUUUUCUAGAAAGUGUCUUGAAAAAUAGGGUGCGCAUUAUAUACGGGUGCGCAUUAUACACGGGUAAAUACGGUAAUCCUUUUAUGUUGUAUUUGAAUUAUUUGUUUCUUAGUAUUAUUGAGUAUCUUUACUGAUUUUGAGAAAAAAACCCGACUGUUUUGCAGUCUAAUUAUUGAGUGGAGUGCCUGUAAACUAAUUGGAUAAGCUAAGUGCACUUUCCACUAUAAACGAGCCCUUAAACCUUAAAACCUUUUUUUAAAAUUAUGUCCUUUCAAGAAAAAAAAAUUAUUUGCCACCCUGCACUAUUAGUUUUACAUUUCUGCUCAAUGACUUAAUGAUUGAUAAAUGAUAAAACUGCUGUAUUAAUUAAAUUAUGGCACUGAAAGUAAUGCAACUGGAAGUAGAUUCACAUUAGGAGAUGCAUUCAGCUGUUAUUAAUAAUCCUCUCUCUUUCUAUCGUUCAUUUUUGCUUGCUUUUCUGUCUAUUUACCUGUGCAAUGACACAUUUUUUGAUGCUGCAUCCAAACUAGGAAACAUGCUUCUUGCAAUGCUUUCAUUAAGACUGGAUGAAUAACCGGUUAGGUCUUAAUGGAAAGGAGAAUAUAAAACUGGUUUUGGUGGAAUAUUUGAAAAAAAAUUAAUGUCAUAAAAAUAACAGUCUUCAUUCAGAGAGGUCACUUCACAACAGUGAUAUUCUGUAUGGCUCUGCUUUUAGAUAAAUAAAGUUAUUAUUGCUGUUCACUUUUUAGGAAAUAUAAAAGAAAACCAAAGAGCAAGAAAACUUCUUACCAAAGAGAAGGGAGUCAUGGCCCUUUAGUGCCAAGUUCUGUGUAAUAAUUUUAUUGAAUCUUAUCACCAGUAAUAGUACUAGUAACCAGUAGUGAUUUAUUAUAUGGGUUAAACUGCAAGUAGACAAGACGAAGCAAAUUCUGUGUUCUUAUUUGAUACCUAAGAGGGUAAGAUGGGCCACUCCCACGUUGGUUCAGGGUAAAAUCUGUUUGGUAUUGUUUCAUGGUUGUUUUUCUUUUGUUUUACAUUAUCUGUGACCGGUACAUGAGGUAAAUGCCCAUGUUGGUACUGCAAGAAAAAGUUAUCUUUUUGGCCAUAUAAUAAAUUGUUUAUUGACCAAGCUUGUUUGGUCAACAUGGCUGGAUAUUGGCCUCAUUCUUUUUCGCACCUUUGUUGACCUCGACUUCCCCCUGCUCCAUAAAACCCGAAAAGAGAGCUUGGCCAGUAUCCAGCAAUCUUGAUCUCGUGUUUGGUCAAUUUGCUACUUAAGAAGGAAACUGGGCCAUGUUAACUAGUGCAGAGACUUCUGGAAUCUUUACUGGGGAUGCGCCAGUCAGCUAUUGGCCAAUUGUAUUCUCCCUGGCGCCAGUAACAGUCUUGACUGUCUUUGUGAAACUUAACUUGGCCCAUAUUGUGCGAUGCAUUUAUGUAUUUUUUGUGCAAUUUUAACUCAUUUCGGGCCCCAGUAAUAUGAGAGAAAAAGUUGAUUUUAUUUCCUUCAAACCUUGAUGUGUCCUUCAUAGACUGCAAAACAGGCCAUAUUUUUGCGUUUUCAAGUACGUGUGAGCAGUCAAACAAAGAACGAGGCUGAAAACAGAGAGUGAGACUGGGGAGAUACUUUAAAAAUACUUUUUUCCCACGCUUCACACGCGUAAGACUCUUACUCCACGCUUUACCGAUUUCUUUACUGAUUUUGAGAAAACCGACUGUUUUGAAGUCUGUUUUGCACUGCCUCAAGAAACUCUGAUUUUUAGUUCUCAGAAGAUAAAAUUAACUAGUGUCCUCAAGGAUGAGUUAUUAAGUGAUUUGUACAAAAAAAAAAAAACUAGCAACAAGACAGUGGUAGUAUCAUAUAAAAGAAAACAAAGUAGAAGUCGCUAUAUUGAAGGUACAGUAUAACCUCAUACUUUGUUAGGAAUCCUCCAAGAUCAAAGAUUUAGAUUGGUGUUAUUUACUGUAACAUUUUACUUAAGUGUCAGCGAAUGUGUAAAUAAGAAAAAUUAUUAUCUGAACCGAACUUUGUUUUAGAGGGAGUGAAACACACUAGAUUGUUGUGCAGUGAACUCUCUUUAACACAGACAUCAUUGGGGCUGGAUCUAUGAGUCCAUCUAAAACGGGUGUGCACCUUAAAGAGACUCCAAUGAAAGAAUUAUUGUCAUCCACAGGGAUGUGGGUGUUGGAAGAUUAUCGCUUCACCUUUGCUCGACAGCUUUUAUUUGACCGGUAACUGCAGCGAAGAAUUUGAAAACACAAAAACUAGUCUAAAAUGGCGAUUGUAGGUGUUCAAAAUUGUAUGGGUGUAAAGAGGCACUUUGGAUUCACAGUGCCCACACGCCUUCUAGUUCUUGUUUUUAAACUUACCGUGAUCUCGCGUUCGUUUUCAUUCUACAUCUAGAGAAUAAAGAGUUUGUGAACGUUCUAUAGAAUCACGGAUAGAUAGUGUCGCACUUUCCGCUUGUUUUUAACCUACAGAGCCGAAAUUGCCUGGCGGAGCAAAGAGCAUUUUUAUCUGUAAUUAUUAAAUUUCAGGUAUCGAUAGCUGGAUCAGCUUUUCAGCUGCCUUAGUUUGCAGCGUUUGUUUUCUAAGAAAAUUGUUUAAAAUUAAAUUGAAAUGUUAAAUUUAUAGACAAUAAUUCUUAAAACAAAAUGCAUUUUUCAAUUGUUUUAACUAAAUUAAAUAUCGUUCAAUUUUUAUGUAAUAUUAGGAUAUAUCAUUUAUUUGCU